AUGGACCUCUUGCACACCCCGCAGUGCUUUCCAUUUCUCCUCCUUCCUCUUCCCAUUCUUUCAAGGGCCGACCUUCAGAGCAUGCCUGCCACCUUAAUGCGGCCGGGCGAUACACGUUACGAAGUCAUCUGCGCGCUUGGGUCAAGCCCCCGGAAGAGGGGCCAGCCAGCCUUUGUCACAAUCAACAAGACGAUCGGUAAAGGAGAGCCGAAGGUGUCGUUCGACUUCAAAGACAACGUCGGGCAGCUCGCCACCAGCGAGUUCAUCGAAUGGGAGGACUCCUUGGGGGUUGAAAGCCUCAAGGCGAAGGCCAUGGUGCAGCAUGACAUGCACGAGCAGAAACGCAUUCGUAACUUCAACACGGAGCUUAUCAUCAGGUCUGCUCGCAAUUACAUCGUUGAAGUUGUCAAGGCUGGAACCCCCCAACCCGCUGCACCAAGGGUGCCACAUCUAGUCCUUCCGGAGCUUCGACGACCUACCUCAACCUUGGAGCUUUUCAAACAGAUCCACGCCGAAAAUGCUCACAUCAUUGCCUUCGCUGAAUCUCUCAGCCACUCCGAGGCAACUUGA